AUGGCGCGUCAGAAUGCUAAGCAAGCCGCUCUGAUAAGCACAGGGAACGACGCGACACAGUCAGCUGAAAAGGCUUCGUCAACCGCAGAAACGACAUCCUACUGGAAAACACCCAAGUUGCAAGAGCGUACCGACUAUUCACGAUGGCGACUUUUAGACGACAAGGGAAGACAGACCUGGCAUUAUCUGGAAGAUGACCAAGAGGCAAAGGCAUGGCCACAAACGACAGCUGAUAAAUGGUUUCUUGGUUUACCUACAAAUCUGCCCGAACUCCCAAAAGCAAAAACACCUCUCGAUGUCGUCAAGAACGGACUCGAAUUCUUCCAACACCUUCAACUUCCGCCAGGAAAUUGGGGUUGCGAGUAUGGAGGUCCUAUGUUCCUCCUUCCCGGCAAUGUAAUUGCUCGCUAUGUCACCAAUACAUUUAUCCCCGACCACGAAGCCACGGAGCUCAAGAACUACGUCUUUGCUCGAGCGCAUCCUGAAGAUGGAGGAUGGGGUUUACACAUUGAAGGAGAGAGCACAGCCUUUGGAACCGCCAUGAACUACACUGUCCUCCGCAUACUUGGAGUGAGUGCAGAGGAUCCAAGGAUGGUGAAAGCGCGAGGAACAUUGCACAAAAUGGGCGGUGCUGUGUGCGGGCCUCACUGGGCAAAAUUCUGGCUCAGCGUGCUUGGAAUAACUCAGUGGGAUAUCGUCAAUCCAGUACCGCCGGAAUUCUGGCUUUUACCCGACUGGGUGCCAUUUGCGCCUUGGAGGUGGUGGAUUCAUAUGCGAAUGGUGUUCCUGCCAAUGUCAUUUAUAUGGUCGAGAAAGUGGACGGCCAAAGAAACACCAUUGAUUGUCAGUCUUCGGGAAGAAUUGUUCGUCCAGCCAUAUGCCACAAUCAGCUGGAAAGCGAAUCGGAACAGUAUUUACAAGAAAGACAACUAUCAUCCAAAGACAUGGCUGCUGAAUCUUGCUAACUGGCUGCUUAUAAAUGUUUGGGUCUAUUUUAGAACCCAGUCUUUUGUCAAGAAAGCCGAGGACUGGGUGUGGCAAUUGGUUCAGAUGGAGGACAGGAAUACGGAUUAUUCUUGCUUAGCACCUGUCAAUGCUCCGAUGAACCUUUUGGUCUGCUACAUCAAAGAAGGAGGUGAAGCGUACUCUGUGAAACGCCACCGUGAACGUCUGGCAGAUUUCAUGUGGGUGAAGGAUGAAGGAAUGCUGGUCAAUGGUACCAAUGGCGUACAAUGUUGGGAUACCGCUUUUACGAUUCAAGCGGUGAUGGAUGCUGGACUAGCAGAAGAUCCAAAGUGGCGGCCCAUGUUGACGAAAGCACUCGAAUUCCUGGAUGAUCAGCAGAUUCGAGAAAACGUUCCUGAUCAAGCUAUGUGUUAUAGACAACAACGAAAAGGAGCUUGGGCUUUCAGUAAUAAAGAUCAGGGAUACGCGGUUUCUGAUUGUAUUUCCGAAGCACUCAAAGCGGUUAUUCUUCUCCAACAUACGCCCGGAUACCCUCAGCUACUUGACAACCAGCGGAUAUACGAUGCUAUCGAUACCAUCUUGACAUAUCAGAAUCCGUCAGGUGGGUGUGCUUCUUACGAACCUACUCGAGGUUCUGAAAAGCUCGAAAUGCUGAAUGCUGCUGAAGUGUUUGGCCGAAUCAUGAUUGAAUACGACUAUCCUGAAUGUACUACUGCGGUGGUGACAGCACUUUCCCUUUUCACAAAACACUACCCAGAGUACCGAUCUGCAGAAAUCAAAGCCUUCAAAGCGCGAGCAGUACAAUACAUCCGCGACACCCAAUAUCCUCACGGUGGCUGGUACGGCAGUUGGGGAAUCUGCUUUACCUACGCCGGAAUGUUCGCCUUGGAAAGUCUCGCCAGCAUAGGUGAAUACUACGAGAACAGUGAAUUUUCUCGCAAAGGCUGCGACUUUCUCAUCUCAAAGCAGCGAGAAGAUGGAGGUUGGUCCGAGAGCUACAGAGCCUGCGAAACAGCAACCUACGUCGAACACCCGAGCGGAUCGCAAGUCGUCAUGACAGCAUGGGCCAUCAUCGGACUUCUCGAAGCGCGAUAUCCUGAUCGCAAAAGGAUUGAAAAGGGAUUGAAGCUUAUUAUGAGUCGGCAGCAGGCUAAUGGCGAGUGGUUGCAGGAAGCAAUCGAGGGCGUGUUCAAUAAGAGUUGUAUGAUUUCGUAUCCGAAUUAUAAGUUUAUAUUUCCGAUGAUGGCGUUGGGGAAGUAUGCGAGGAGGUAUGGGGAUGAGGUUUUGUUGUAG